UAAGCGAAACUGCGACGCAUAAAGGCGGAACGAAUUUCGCUUCACCGAAGAGGAAAAACAUUUCAAUUUUCCGCUGCAACAAAGUAUUAAAAAGUAAAUCUUGUUGUUUGUCAAUUGGAUAAAUAUAAAGAGAAAGUGUGCAACCGAAUUUUAUAAAUAACCGCGUAAUCAUUGAACCAGAAUCGAAGGACUCGUGUUGUGUGUGUGCAGAGUAAAUUCUUGCAAGAAUUUUUGCAGCUUCAACUGCGUAGAAGCCAGGGAAAACACACGUUAAUUAGUUUUUACCCACGCCGCAGAAUCUUUGAUUCGACGAAAGUCCUGGGACUCUGUGCUAAUUAAUCCUGGGACUUGCUGGCUCUACAGCUCAGAAAAAAAAACCAAGAGAGGCUGGAAAUGCAUUAACCAGGUGGACGAGACACCGCUCGUUAAUAUUUAAAAGACAAGUCUAUGAAAAUGCUAAAUUGAAGAUUGCAAAAUUUUCAAAUUUCUAUCGGAGAUCAUGUCAAACCUCCUCUACAUGGACAAAUCGAAUGGCAAUGGCGUCUAUGCGGUCAGGCCAAACAGCAGUAAUGGCCACAUGGACAACGAUAAUGUAGCAGGUGCUCCUGCCACCACCUCGACCACAACAGCAACAUCAACAGGGGCAACAGGAGCAGGUGUAGCUACGACCAUGAUGGCUACGACAAACAACAUAAACAUAAUGAACGGCGCUGCCGCUGCAGCCGCAGCUUCCGCUUCCGGUCUGCCCACUUCCGCCUCCAGCGAGGACCUUAGCCAAAGCCUUUCCGAGUAUACAGAUGCCGACGAGAGCAUAUCCGCGCCCACUGAGUUUCUGGCCGAGUUCCUGUCCGCCGUGAUGCUAAAGGACUACAAAAAGGCAUUGAAAUAUUGCAAAUUGAUUCUGCAAUAUGAACCUAACAAUGCCACGGCCAAAGAGUUCUAUCCCCUCAUCCUGGACAAGCUGAGGGCAGUGGCCACAUCAAGCGACAGCGAUGAAAACUACAAUAAAUCUUCAUCACCUGACUUGGCUCUGGAUCUGCAUGUCUCCGAUGUGGAGGCGGAUGUUGACGGGGAUGAGGCAGGAGAUGUGGAUGCGGAUGCAGAUGGCGAUGGCAGCGAGAGUAGCAACAACUGUUCCGAGGAAGAGGAUAAUGGAUGGGGUGACGACGAGAUUGACAACGUGGAUGUGAUGGAUGGCGAAGAGGAGAGCAGCAGCAGUGGCGAUGACUUUGAGUUGCCCAUCGACGAUGCAGGGCAGGAUCCAGUUGCUUUGGCAGUUCACACCCACCAUUCACAUACUCACUCACAUUCUCAUUCCCAUUCCCAUAAUGAUUCUGGAUCCUCGAGGAAUUCAUCGAGCGGCGGGGGCGGACCCAGUGACAACACCACACAUUCCUACUCCAGUUUACUGCUGGAGGAAGAGGAUGACAUCGUGCCCGUUAGCCUGAACUUUGGCUUGAAGGAAUCUCCAGCAGCUGACCUGGACGUGAGCAAUGGCAACAAAGUACCCUCUGCCUCCUGCAGCGAUUCCGAGUCCCCAACAGAACCGCUCACCCAACGCCUUGCGGCUAUCCUUCGCUCCAAGUGCGGUGUAUCCGGUGGUGGGUCCGAUGAGACCUACUAAAUCUAUAUUUAAACUUUAUCCAACACUGUGCAGAAAUUAUUUUGGUGUGGUUCUAUAACUGGCGAAAUGCUUUCAGAAUGAUAAAGGGAAUUUGAUUUUUUACCUACUGCACAGUGGCAUCUAUAUAUAUUCUUGUAUAACUCUAUAUAAAGACACUCCACCCCCUAUGCCCGGCUAGUCUAUCCACUAGUGCGAACGCUUUACGAACCUAGAAACCGUCCCUAACUGCAUACUCUCAAAUCUCGUAUCUUGUAUCUCGAAUUGCAAAGUUUUCUCCCUAGGACAAACAUAUCGUACAAACUCUAUAAGUACUUAUAUACAUCAAUACCUAUUUAUACCAUAUAUAUAUUGUACAUGUUUAGCCUAGAUGUAGCCACAGAGCCCAAAAUAAGAAGAUAUACUCGAUAUACCGUAAGCUGAAUAUGGCUAGGGAUUAGGUGAUUAUACACAGAUACACACGGAAAGCGAAAACAGAAUCAAUAUAUAGAUUUACAUAGAUAUACACGUAUAUAUAUAUAUUUUUUAGUAAGACACCCAUUCAGAACGCACAGGACUUGGAAUGCUUUACAUAUUUGCAUUUGAUAGAGAUCGAUUUUUUCCCCGGAGUAUAAAAAGAAAAUGAGUUACAGAGCUAAGGAUAAGUCUGAUAAGUCUUUAAAACAGACAGAUGAGGAACGAACGAAUGAACGAACGAACGAACGUAGAACUACAACUGAAAUGGUCCAAAGUCACAAACUACGUAGAAGAAUGUAAAUAUAUAUACAUAUAUAUAUUUUGUAUCGAUUAAGUCUGUACUAGAGUCUCUAUAUUCGUUCGAUUUUGUUGUAUAAGUUAAUGAGGGAUAUAACUCUAAAAACGCCCCCCCAGUAAUAAACCUUAUACUUAAUAUUAUUCAUAUAAAUAUUUGUAUCUGAUAUGUGUAGCUUUGGCUAAGUUUUCCUAAAACUGUAUUGUUGAAUUAUAUAAUCCAGAGAGUUCUGUAUGUUUAUGAAGGACAAUUGUAAUAAAAUGAGGCAAGAAAGCUGGAAAA